AUGGGGCGGCGUCAGGAUGUCAAGUCAAAAAGGGAGGAGGUGCGUGCGCUUAAGGCACAUGCUCGGAUAAAACCCAUGAAUUUAUCUAAAACAUUAUUUGAACUAGUGGAGUAUAUUACUCAACGCGAAGGCAAAGACCCUCUUCUCUAUCCCCCAAAAGACAACCCAUUCCGUGAAAAGAAAAUCGCUUGCGCCGUUCUCUAA